GGCUCAUUCGCUUCCAUGGAUUCCGCACUGCGCGGUAGCUUCCGCCGCCGCCUCCUACUUUUCUCUCCAGUCUCCUCCGCUUCACCCGCCGUGGUCAAGGUUCUGUUUCCUGACAAUUUCUCGCCGGUCUCCAACCUCCGCCUCACCAUGGAGCAGCUGGGACGCGGCCAACAUGAAAAAGCUGAGCAUGAUCUGGGAAACAAGAAUACUAGUAGUUUACAAAGGACUGAGUCAUCGGAAUCGACAGACUCAGGUUGUGCUUUGGAUUCACCUGUUCCUGCAUCCUCGAAUGAUAUCGUGGAGGAAACGUUUGAGAAAGCAAUUCUUGAAUCCAGCAGACUGAACGUUCGGAUGCCUUUCAGAAGAAUCCAUUCUCUGCCACAAAGCCUCCUGGGAUCCAGUCCUGCUCUGAAGAGAAACCUUUCUGAUUCCCUGGAUGACGAUGCUUUUCAACUGUUGGAACAAGAUGAAAAGGAGAAUGAACCAUUUGAGUUUAAGAAGCCAACCAAACCAGCUUCUCGUUCUUCUGUGCAUGUGCAUUCCCCUGCUGGAAAUGGUGUUCCUGGACCAAGGCAGAAUUCAUCUCCAGCUCAGAUAUUUCCCAUGGGUGAAACACCCAAGGGUAGAAAGGAACACUGCAGCCCAGUUUUCCUGCAGAAGUCUUCUCUGACUUCUUCUGAAAGUGAAGAUGAUGAUGGAUUCCUGGAGUUGUUAGAUGACCAAGAUUUGAAGAACGAUGAGGAGAUGCCAUCUGAUGUGGCAAGCCUCUGGACUGCACCACUAGUCAUGAGGAGGAUGGACAAUCGGGCCAAACGAUGCCAGCUGUUUGGCUCUUCAUCUCUGCCUAGUGGUGUAGGAAGAACCACCCAGAAAAGGAUGGAGAGAUCCCAGGAAGAGAACACUCCAGGGAAAAACAAGAGGAGGAAAAGCCUGACUGAAACAGCUUCUGAGGACUCAACGAAUCUGGAAAUGGUGAAGACACAAUGCUCCACAGCAGAGAUCGAAAACAUUUUGGAUGGUGACCAGACAGACCUUAUUGGUGACUUCUCAAAGAGUUACUUAUUCCGCACUGUUGAUGGGAAACAUCAGGACUUGAAAUAUAUUGACUCAGAAAUGAUGGUGUCUGUGCUGACUGGGAAGUUUGCAGACUUCAUCAAGGAAUGUGUGAUAAUUGAUUGCAGAUACCCAUAUGAGUAUGAAGGAGGACACAUCAAGGGUGCUAUAAACUUACAUAUGGAAGAGGAUGUGGAAAACUAUUUGCUUAAGAAGCCAAUCAAGCCAUCGGAUAACAAACGAGUGAUAAUAGUAUUUCACUGCGAGUUUUCUUCGGAGCGGGGUCCUCGAAUGUGCCGGUUUGUGAGAGAGCGGGACAGGCUGGGUAACGAAUACCCCAACCUCCAUUACCCAGAACUGUACAUCCUGAAAGGGGGUUACAGGGACUUCUUCUCAAGAUGCCGUAGUUUCUGCGAGCCCCAGAGCUAUCGCCCCAUGCACCAUGAGGACUUUAAAGAAGACUUGAAAAGAUUCCGCACCAAAAGCCGAACCUGGGCUGGCGAGAAGAGCAAAAGGGAACUGUACAGUCGCCUGAAGAAGCUCUAAAGGCUGAACUGAACUUACUGCAAAGACUGCCUGUUCGGGGGGGGAAGCUGCAGCAGGAAGGAGAAGAGUCUGUUCCUGGCUUGUAAUGAUCAGGCACUGGCUCUUUCCUCAUCUGUCAUCUCACUGGGAACACCCUGGAACUUGGGGCUGCAGGCUUGAACCCAGCAACUGGGAUGCUGUCUGGGAGCUGAUUCUGCUGACUAUUCUCAUUACACUCCGUUUUGGAAAUGGCUUCUUGUGUUCUGCAGCAUCCACAAAGUUCAACAUCCUGCCC